UAACUCCCUGAAAAAAAAAAUGAUGUAACUUUUAUUAACCGGCUUUUUUCCGACCUGCUGAAAUUUAUUCAACCCGAGAAGAACAUUUUCCAACAUUCACUGUCGGUUCGAUUCGGCCCGGUUAGUUAGAGCCAGGGCUCUGGAACAAACACUAAAUAUGAAUUCAGCUCGUCGAUGUUCGCUUUUGUUCGGCCAGAUGUGCGUUUGUUCGCGCGCGGGACAGACUGUCCGGACACCGUGUUCACCGGCAAAGGCAGGUUCGGGCCCAGCGGCAGCUCGGUCCAGUCACACCGGUACCGGAGGAGGAAGAUUUGGGAAAGGUCGCCAGCUAAAACCCGGCGGAGCUCAAGUUUGUGCCAUGGGCGGCGGCGGCAGCAGGUUUUUCGGAACCAUGACCCAAGCGCUGAACAAUGCCCCCCUGGCUCAACUUGACCCCUAUUUCAAGGAGAGCCCAGACCAGGACUCUGAAGAGGAUCCGACAGAGGUGGACCCAGACCUACUCCUCACAGAGUGCAAGGAGGUUCUGCAGAGACGUCCGGCCCGACCACACCGGGAUCUGGUCCAUCCCAGGGGCACGGUUCCUUACAGUCAUAAGCACAACCCGACCAUCCGGGUCAUGCAGUGGAACAUCUUGGCUCAAGCUCUGGGUGAGGGGAAGGACGGCUUCAUCCGCUGCCCCCUGGACGCUCUCAGCUGGCCUGAAAGGAAGUACCUGAUCCUGGAGGAGAUCCUCACCCACCGCCCGGAUGUCUUGUGUCUACAGGAAGUGGACCACUACUACGACACGUUCCAGCCCAUCCUGGCCAGCUUGGGUUACCAGAGCAGCUUCCUGGCCAAGCCCUGGUCCCCCUGUCUGGACGUGGAACAGAACAACGGCCCGGACGGCUGCGCUCUGUUCUACCGCCGCUCACGGUUCACCCUUCUCAGCACGGCCCAUCUGCGGCUGUCCGCCAUGAUGCUCCCCACCAAUCAGGUGGCCAUCGUACAGACGCUCAUGUGCCGGGUGACGGGUCGGCGGCUGUGUGUCGCCGUCACACACCUGAAAGCCCGCAGUGGCUGGGAGCGAGUGCGAAGCGCGCAGGGCUCCGACCUGCUGCAGAAUCUGCGGGGUAUCACGUCUCGAGGCCGCAGACGGAGCGAGGAGUCGCCGGGCGCCAUUCCUUUAAUCGUUUGUGGGGACUUUAACGCCGAGCCCUCAGAGGAAGUGUACAGACGCUUCAGCAGCUCGGCUUUGGGCCUGAACUCGGUGUACAAGCUGCUGAGCUCGGACGGACAAAAAGAGCCGGCCUACACCACCUGGAAGAUCCGUCCGUCCGGAGAAAGCCGCAGCACGCUGGACUACAUCUGGUACUCCCAUGAUGCUUUGCGUGUGGAAAACCUACUAGAUAUUCCCACCGAGGAGCAGAUCGGACCAGACCGCCUGCCCUCCUACCAUUAUCCCUCAGACCAUUUAUCUCUGCUGUGUGACAUCAGCUUCAGGGAGGAGCCUCAUAGGCUGCUGUAGCCAAUCACAGAGUUGUGGGAGGAGCCAGAUGAGAUCAUGGACUGAUGGACUCGGCUUAGAUCUGAUCAAAUACUGAAUAAAGACUAGUAUGUUCACAAAGAUGAGACAUGUUGAAAUAUAUUUUCCUGGGCUCUUGUUUUUGUUUUGGGGGAAGUCUUAAACAUUUUCAUCCUCUUCUUUUUCGCUCACCUUCAGCUGAAACGGCAGCUUCUUUGGUUUUAAUCUUUGCUGUAAUUUAUUAAGGAAUUGUACGAAAUUAUUCUUCUGUUGAGUUUAAAGUUUUGUGCUUUAAUGUUUAAACAUUUUUAAUUGUGGUAGUGCUUUUCCAUGACAACACUUCACAACUUUUAUUUCCAAUAAAAUUUAUAUUUUUAUGCAUACUGUCUGUGAUGUUCCUGGGGGGGUUAAUUUGAUGUUUUGUUCAGUUUCACUUAUUUUGACUGAAUUAAACGAACUCUGGUCAACAUCGUUC